AUGAAGCCGCAGCAGUUGGAGGGGGACUCCGAGGCCUUAUUUGCGGCCGGCGGAGGACCUCCGCUUCCCGCCCCCGGGGGAGUUGGGAUAAGCCACCUUGAGAGCAGCCCCUACCACUGCAAGGUCCUGAAAAUCGGCGCCCCGCCCCUCCGGCCCGCGGUGACUUCAGGGCCUCGCCGAGCCGGCCAUACCCCGCUUGCCCGGGGUGGGUCUGGCAGGCGUCGGCGGGAGGGACGGUGCGCGGCUACUGCCUCGACCGGGCCUGGUCUCUCUCUCCACUGCCGCGUCCGCCCGCCCCGCCGCGGCGCGGCGCGGCCCCGGCCCUCCAUUGUUCGGUCACACUACGAGCGCCCGGGACCCCGCCGCGGGAGCUGGCCGCGCGAACAACGCUCCCGGCUCCCGGCGUCUAACAGCCGGGCCCCACCACGGCUGCCCGGGCGCGCCCGCGCCCACCCAGCGCAGCGCGUGCCCUCGCGAAGGGGACCCGGCGGCCACUCGGUCCGCACCGCACACGCCGCCCGGGCGCCGGCCUCCGGGGGCGGCGCUUCGAAAGGAGGAUCAAAACAACACCCUCCCCCACCGGCCCCGCUCGGUCCCGGUCGAGGGCGCGCCCCACCGUCGCCAACCGGACGGGGCGGGCUCGGAGCCGCCGGCGGCCAAGCACGCGGGAAGCGGGAGUAUGUGAAACCCGCGGCCGCAGCGCAGAGCUGGACACAGCAGAGAGGCUUCUGGAGGGCUGUACAAAGGAGACCAUGGGCAAGUCUCAGCCUCUCGGGCCCAAGUUUCCAAGUCUGGAAAAUGAAGUGGUUCAAAGAAUGACCUUCAGAGCCACCUACCUGAUUUGAAAUUUCUGCGUGCAAACUGCCCUAAGGAAAGCUAACGGAAAGCCACAGGUUUCCAGCUCUUCCAGGUCCCCUUCCAUGCCUUCGCCCCCUCUUCAGAAGUCAGCAUUCAUCAGAAAUUUAGGAUCCCUUAAAGGAGUUCUCCCUGGUUUUGCUCUCCAGUGAAUUGAUUGUGGCUUCUUUUUUAGUGCCCGAAAUCCACCUGACAUGGCUGGCCUUUAUUGCAUCCUUCGGGAGUUUCCCUAUUUGACACUGUGAUUUUUCUGUUUAAAGACCAAGAAUUCAUGCUUCCAUUGCCUUUGGAAGAGGAAGGGAAAAUGUUUGUUCUUCUGGUUAUGUUUUGUACCACAAAUAUGAAAAAGAAGUGUUGCUUGUGACCACAACCACAUUACUUGGCUUCUUUGGUCAACAUCCCUUCCCUUUAAGUGUGUGGAACACUGUAGCACUUUCAAGUGUCAGAUGCAGUAUUUGUCUCUAACACAGGUUUCUGAUAAGUUUUGCACUGGCUAAGGCACCUUGCAGAUUUCUUGUUAGAUUUUAGUACUACAUGUUGAAGCCUUAUGGUAUGGCGUUUUAAAGGCCAGGCAUCAGUUCAGAAAAACCUAGGUUCAAACCUAAACCUGACCUCUUAACCACCUUUGUGUUGACCAAGUUACUUGACCACACAGAGCCUGGGUUUUCUUGCCUAUGAAAUGGGAAAACAAUA